UAUUGCGCGGACGCGAUGGCGGCCCGACGCGCACUGGCGGCAACACGAGCGAAAUUCAAACUCGCGUUCUAGUCAUUCGGAAUUCGAAUUUUUAUUUUUAUUUACUUUUUAAUUUCAUAAGACUGAUUCUGACAGCCAUGUACCACCUUGUUUAUGACUGACCAGUGACAUAACUAGUGACGGUAACUGUGUACGACAAAAUGACAGUGACGUGACAUGACUUAUGGAUUGACUGACUUGACCGUCCGGGAGCGGUGCAUCCAGCGCAGGCGAGGAUGCCCUCGAGGGCCGCACGGAGGAAGCCCAGUUUCCCAGCGCAAGCGCACUCCGCCAAUCACCACUUAUGCGCCACUGUCCCUUACGAGCCCCAAAAUGUCCGCCCGCGUCUAAAAGAUACCGCACCCAUGACGGCACAUGCAACAAUUUGAACAGACCCCGAUGGGGGUCCACGAUGACCCCCGUUCAACGCUUCCUCGCACCCUCGUACUCAGAUGGCCUCCAAGCUCCCAGGAGAUCAGUGUUCGGCGGGAAGCUCCCGUCGGCUCGCGAAAUCAGCUCCCAUAUCCAUGAGAGUAAGAACGUGGAAUCGCCGGGCAUAACUCACUUGCUAAUGCAAUGGGGGCAAUUCGUUGAUCAUGAUAUCACAUCGUCAUCGCAAACUAGAGGCUUCAACGGAUCCGUUCCGAGGUGCUGCAAAGAUGGUGGAAGAGGCUUCGUGCCUAAGGAGUUAUUACAUCCAGAAUGUUUCCCUAUCGAAGUGUCACCGUCAGACCCAUUUUACGGUCCUCGCGGAGUAAGGUGCCUGGACUUCGUCAGGUCAUCACCGGCGCCCCGCGAUGACUGCUCUCUCGGAUGGCGGGAACAACUGAACCAAGUGUCGGCUUACAUUGAUGGAUCACCACUGUACGCUAGCUCAGCGAGGCAGUCCGACAAAUUAAGGCUUUUCAGGAAUGGAAUGCUCCAAUACGGUCGCGUACAGCAACGCCGACCGCUUCUACCACCCGAACGGCACGACGAGCUCUGUCGAGGUGGCGCAGUCUCCACGGAUUGCUUCAAGUCCGGAGACGCCAGGGUCAAUGAACAACCGGGACUGGUGGCUGCACAUAUUGUAUGGCUGAGACAGCACAACAGAAUGGCACAAGAACUGGCCCAUCUCAACCCUCAUUGGAGCGACGAGAAGAUCUACCAGGAGACACGGAAAAUAGUGGGAGCAAUGAUCCAACAUAUCACCUAUAGAGAAUUCCUACCCAUUAUUCUAGGUACGGAGGUUAUGCGUUUAUUCGAACUGGAGUUACUGAAAAAGGGUUACUACAAAGACUACAACCCGAAAACCAACGCCAGUCCGGCGAGUUCGUUCGCCUCAGCCGCGUUCCGAUUCGGUCAUAGCUUAGUCCAGUCCUCUAUGGUGCGGUAUGAUAGGUUUCACAGGCCUAUGAACAACAACGUAAGUCUUCAUAACGAAGUAACCAAUCCGUCUAACAUUUGGAGCAUGGGCGCUGUGGACCGUCUUUUAUUAGGCAUGGUGAACCAACCGAUUCAAAAACGCGAUGAAUUCAUCACCGAGGAACUAACCAAUCAUCUAUUCCAAACGCCCCAGUUCGAUUUCGGUAUGGAUUUGGCUGCCAUCAAUAUACAGAGGGGGAGAGAUCAUGGGGUACCCCCGUAUACUUCUUGGAGGGAGCCGUGUGGGUUGUCGCCGAUUUUGGAGUUUGAAGAUCUUUUUAGAGUGAUGCCAGCGAGAGCUAUGAGGAAGUUAAAGAGUUUGUAUAGACAUGUAGAUGACAUAGACUUAUUCACCGGAGGCAUGUCGGAAAGACCCGUAAUCGGAGGACUUGUAGGACCAACAUUCGCUUGUAUCAUCGCCCAACAAUUUUCUAAUCUUAGAAAAGGAGACCGAUUUUGGUACGAGAAUGGAGGUUUCGAAUCAUCUUUCACACCAGCACAACUGCAGCAAAUACGUAGAAUAUCAUUCGCACAAGUUCUCUGUCACACAUUAGACAAUAUCGACAGUAUCCAACCGUUCGUUUUCCUUUCACCGGAUAAUCCCGACAAUGACAGAAUUUCGUGUCACAACGGUCUUCUCAACAACUUUGACUUAUCCGCCUGGGUAGAAUUAAGUUCGGAUUCUAAUGACAUUAAAAAAUCUGACGACGAACCAAGUACCCAAAAACCUAAACGUACUAAACCUACUACUACUACGCAAAAACCUACAACGACGAAGCCAAAAAAGACUCAACAACUAAUAUCAAGUGCCGGAUCUACUCACAUGUCACAUAAGAUACCAUCGCUUAAUUUGACUAGCUCUAAUAAAUUACAAAACAUUACAGAUAAUAAACUGACUGAUAAACUAAACAAAACAAAUACAAUGACAAAAGAAAAAGCUAAUAAUGCCACUUUGACGGUAGAUAAGAAUAAUAUGAAAGCUAACUUGACAGCCCAGAAGAUAGAUGACAAACUUGACUUUAAAAACAAAAGCAGACGUUACGAUGAUGAAAGAAUUCACUUGCGACAUGACAUUAGACCACAAAGUAAACCGACAAAUAAAUAUAAUGACUACGACUACGAAGAGAGGGACCAUGACAUACAGAACGUACAGUCCGUCGUUAUAAACAAUUUACCACACAAACGACCAUACAACAGACCUAUUAUAACUGUUACUGAAAACGUUAACAAAUACACUUACCUUAUCAACUAUGUACCGAGACCAACUGAAUCCUGGCGUAGGACCACAAAAAGGAAUUAUGACGGAGAAGACGUAGUUAAAGUGACUUAUCAGACAUACGACGACACAUACAGGCGCCCAAACAAGCCCUACUAUUACAACCGACGAGACGACCUAGUCGAUGACAAUUAUUAUGAUAAACCUAAACACAAAUCAAAUCCACAUUCAGCCCACUUAAGGGAUAAUUUACAGUCAUCUGCGAGAUCAAACGACGAAACAGUACGGACUACAGCAAAAACUACAACGACCACAGACAAAUUUGAUGAUACUUUAGAAUAUAAGAGCACAACAGAAAAUUUAUAUAAAUUAGUAACUUUUGGAUAUGUAGGUAGUUAUAAAGGUAGUGACACUAAUACGAGACGCAUAACUAAUAUUGACAAAUCUGACAAAAAUGAAUUAAAACAUGACAUAAUAAGUAAAGAUUUUACCACUUACGUAACUAAUAAACCAGAAACUUUGUAUGACAAUGACAAGACAAAUAUGAGACUUUCUACUUUCUUCAUGUAUGAAACAGCAACGAAACCGUACUUACAAAGACCGACGAGACGACAUGACGAAAACCGUCCCGUUAAAACUAAGAACAAAUAUUAUUACAUCCAAAAUGUUUUACAUAAAUAUCCUGAACCUGACACGACUGGGACUGAUAAACAAUCUGAAAUAAGGACAGACAUUCUAAAAGAAAAUCACAAUUAUUCAGGAGUUGGAGAAAAUAUAGAGGAAAGAUCAUCAGCUGAUAAACUGGCUUUGUUACAUGAGAUUGAAUCGAAAUCAAACAACCAUGUAAGACAAAGGGUGAAGGUAAAGAAACCGACAAGUCCAGCGAAGACACCAUCUGUCGCUUUUCAAGUCAUACCAAGUGAAAACAGUCCUAUGCAAUGGGCUGUUUAUGAAGAAAUUGCUGAACUUUCCGAAGAUUUCCCACAUCGGAUGCCACCAAUAAAGACAGACCCCCAUGCGUUGAAGGAAAUACCAAGACCUAUGAACCUAAAGAGCCUGAGAAGACGAAGACCUGGAAUGUUUUGAUGUUAAACCUUAAAAUAUUCUUGUACAUAAUGAUCAUUAAUAAUGAUUAGUUCUCUCUAAACAUAAAGAAUGGAAGAAGAGCGUGUAAUAGGGUCAAUUAACAUGUAUGUAAAAAUAACAUUAUAAAAUUCAAUUCAUUAUUCUAAUAAUUAUUUUAAUAAACAAAAUUUAAAUAUUGAAAAAUUAAGAAACAGACAGCUAAAAAGGAAUUAAUAGUUUUUUUUUUUUUUAAUUUUUAACUAAUAAUGAUUACAAUCAAAUAAUAUUUUUAAAUGUCAAUAUAAAUAUUACAAAGAAUAAAGUAAAUUAAUUAAAAUAAAUAAAACCGAAAUCAAUAAGACAUAGCAAAAUGUUCCAAAAAUAUCUUUAUCAGUGGACAUACAAUUGAUGGACAGACAAAUUUUAUCUAAAAUUGAACUAGACAAAUUUGACUAGAUUAACGAAGACUGACUAUCACUGACUACAACAAGCUGACUAACAUAACUAUGACACAUGACUUAGACAACAUGGACAGGAACUUAUACUCUUAAGAAAGAAACGUACUGAUACAAACAUAAAAACAGUGACAAAUACAGACUGCCUAUUUGUUCUUAGUCGACUGACCUAAUAAUAGUAGACUAUUUGUGAAACUGACAAUUAAAAAACAAUUGUAAUCGUAUUACGACGACUGACACUAAAUAAAUUACUAAAAGUACUUACACUCCAUGACAGUCUAUAAUUACGACGGAUAAAGUAUGACAAAAAAAUCUGUAAAAAAAUUAUAUUAAUAGCUUAAUACAUAAUAACAGUAAUACAAGUGUUACUUACACAAAUUGACGAUUUGAUUAAAAGACAUCUGAUUCUAUUUAUAACUAAAUUGAAAGCCAUUAUAUAUUACAGGACCAAUGAAUGACAGAUACUUCAGGGAUAAACACAAUAAUAACGGAAUAUGUAAUAAUAGAAGUUAAACUAUAUUAUAAUAGCCAAUUUUAUAAAUAUUAAUGACUGUACUUGUACUAAACAAGACAUGACAACGGCUUAGUAAUAAAAAGCGACAAUAGGGUCGGUCUAAGUCCAUUUAUCUACCACUUUUUUUUUAUUAAAAUUUUUUUUUGCUAUCACAGCAAAAUUUGUAUUCCAAGAACCAAUUUCUAAUACAUUUAAGUGAGAAUUAUUAUAAAUUUAGUUUAGAAAAUUAUUAUUUGUAAUCACUGUUUUAUGGACUUAUAGUGGUCCAUUGUAAUUUCGCAAAAUGAUCAAUUUAAAAUAUUAGGUGAAGGGAUAGGUUUAGAAAAAUAACACCUCAAUAUCGACCCAUACAUUAAGGGCAGUAUUUUCGAAUCGACCCCGAUGUCGACAAAACAUGUAAGACUGAUGACAUGACAAUUAUAAUAAAUUAUGUUGUUGUAUUUAUUUUACAACAUCAUAACUUAUUAUAAAACAUUAUGACAAGAUACCUCGGAAAUAAGUAUAGCUUUGUUUACAAUUAAAGACUACUAACGACUGACUUAGACAACUUAAUAACUUAUGACUGUACGACUUACGACAUUGACAUAGCUGAGAAGUAAAUACCUACACUUUUAUUAAGACUGACCAUAAGAAGUAAAGAUCUCGAAUUUAUCCUCAGACAUAAAUAUAAUUUGUGGCUAGAAAUUAAAGACGGACGACACGACUCAGUAGCUAAAUUUAUUUCUAAUUUCAAAAGUUCAGAAUAAGAUAACUUAUGACAAUGACAUAUGACAAAUGGUGUAAUUUUGAUAAAACUGUCAAUAUGACAUAAAGACCUCGAGUUUAUUCUCAAUAAAUACAAAUUUGGCAGAAAUUAUAAGACAAACGAUACACACCUGACAGAAUGACUAAAUUUAUUUCCAAUUUCAAAACUUAAAACAAGACAGGACACGACAAUGACAUAUCAUAAUAAAUACAAUUUUGACGACACUGACAUAGUGACAAAUUACAAAUUUAUCUGUAAGGAUAAAUUAAACUCCUGACUUAAAUGUAAAACGACACGACAUGAUAUAAUAGCUAAAUUUAUAUCCCUACUAAUAAUUUAAAUGUGAAAGUAAAUUUGUUUGUUUGUUACCUUACAGCGCCUUAACGACUUGACUAAUCACUAUGAAAUUUGGUAUACACAUCGCACUAUAUGGGAUGAUGGGGAGAAAGAUAUAGGCUUUUUAUAAUAUAACAUAAAAUCUGUAAUUUAUUCAUGAAGGUAAAUACUAUGACCUACGAAAUGUAGAACUAAUGACAACGACACUGUACUUAUUUCAAAAUAUAUUCGAAGACUACAACAACGACGUAUAAGUACAAUUGUGACAGAAUAUAUAAGACUGACUAUACGACUUUAUUAUAUUUACUUAUACCUUCAUAGUUUAAUAUAACACAUACCUCGGGAAUGAAUAUAACUUGGAUAGACAUGUAAGAUCCAUGACAUGACAUAAAAAUGAUCUAUUCUUAUCUAUAAUUUAUUAUGACAUAACUCUUACAUGACUCUAGAAUAAAUAUAACUAUGACAUCGGACGAAAACUUGACGCUAAUGACAUAUAAUAAAAACAUAAUUAUAAUUCCUUAAUUAAUAUUACAAGACAAAAUAUAGACAUGACAAGGGACAAAAUACAAUUUUGACAGAAUAAUACAAGACUGACAUGAUAUAAAGGUACUCAAUUUCGUUUUUAAUUUGAUGAUUUACAAUGAUUAACUAUUAAACUCAUCGAAAACAAAACAAACACAAUCUGUAGGUUACCUAAAACGUGCGACAUGACAUAAUAUAAUAUUUGUUACUUCAUAACCGGACAUGACUUACAAUAAUGACAUAACUAAGACCAAAAUACACAUUUGCCAGAAUAUGUAAACUGACAGAAUAUACAGACGAGACGACAAUACAACACUUUAUUAAUAUAUUUGCAACUUGACUGAUACCGACAUAAGAUAUUUUUAUCGUUCCUCCAUAAAUUAAGUUCCCUUAUAAAAAAUAUACCGACUUCUACCUCCGGUAUAAUCAUAAGUUCGCCAAAAUAUGUAAGACUAAUGACAUAACAUGUAAUUUUAUUUAUAACCUGAUAACUUAGUACAAGACUUAUGACAAUAACAUAUUUAUAGUACAGGUAGAACUUUGAUAGGUUAAAAAGACCUUUAUUAUUUAACCGGUCACCUUAACUCAUGACGUGUUCAGGAUUACGAUGACAUACAAUAUUUAUACAAAUAUUACUGACUGUGUUAUCAAUAUGACGACUCAAAAACAACUGAUUCUUUCAUGACUGUAUUUAGUUGAAAACCAAUAACACAUACCCCAGGGUCAGAUAUGACAAUAAUGACAGAAUAUAUAAGACAGACUUAGAUUAUAUAGAUAGAGCAUCAAGCCUCAAAAAUGGGUCAACUAAUUGUCAAAUUAGAUGACUCGGUUUUUUUCUAUUAAUAUUCUAUAUAUUUACGCAUAAAAUGUAUCUUAUCUAAAUAAAAUGCGUAAUUAUCCAUUAAAAAGAUGCAAAAAUUAUAAGAUAAAAUAAAUAUAGAAGUAAUAAAGGAGUCAUUCAUAACUAUUUAUCACGUAAAAUUGUAUGAAAAAUUUGACCCGUUUUCCUCGAAUCAUUUCUAUGGAGACACUAUAUAUAUCUAAGAAGACAGACUACACCAUUUCAACAUACUACAUUUUAUUUGUAAAUUUCAUGACUGUACUUGUAAAUUUAACUCAUGACGGCUUACAAUUACUUACUAUUGACUUCCAAGACAGUGAUCCCUGGUUUUUAUACAACUUUGACGGAUUUUACAAGACUGACGACACGACAUCUACCUCAAAAUACAUUUUGAACUUGAUAAUUUAACAUAAGACAAUACAUAACAACGACUGACAUACUUUGAAUUUCAAUCUUUUAUAUUUUUCCAAAGAUGUUAGGUACAUCUUUGGCAGUAUAUAUAAGAUUUAUUAGAUUAAUAUAACUAGAAAAACUAAUAAGAACACAAUAAUGAGAUAAUGACAGUAUAGUUAACAACAUGCCUCAGCGUUAGACAUAAUCCAGGUGACGUCUGCGACUCAAAUAAAACGUCCAUUUUAAGUAAUUCAGUGACUAAAAAUCGACGUCAAUAUAACGAAUACUCGCUACCUGGGAAAUUUUGGCAGAAUAUGUAAGACUGACGACAAGACAUUAAGUAUUUAAUUUAUUUAUCAUUUGAUGAUUUAAGUACAAGACUGUUACAUACAUACAAAAUAGGUACAACUACUAGCAACAGGACACUUAGUACUAAAUUCACUGUAAAUUAAUGUCAUUGUACUAAAUGACAUUUAAUUAUAUUUUUAUAAGAAAUGUUCUCACUUUUGUAAACAAGAUGUGGAAAAUUUUAUAGAUUUUUUUUUUUAUUUAUUAGUAGAUAGUCAACCUGAAAUAAAACUAUUGUAGAUCUCUUUAAUGUGAAAGCCUUUAUGGUACCACUUGUUUUGACUGUACCUACUAAGUAUAAAUAAAGGUGGUAUUUGUUGCAUGACUGUCACAUACUUCUAAAUUUAAUGAAGCAUACCACCGACCCUUUUAGAUUUUGUAAAUUACAUAGUACAUAUAAGCACAAGAUAAUUCAUUUUUUUUUUUGUAAUUUAUUUGUAUUCGUAAAUUUCGUACUAAGUUUUUUUUUUCAGUAAUGAACCAUAAAGUUUUUGUAGAAUAUGUCAUUUGGACCUAAACUUUAUAUAAAUUUAAUUGAAUUUAUGAAACUUGUUAUCUUCCAUUCUCAUUUGGGAAUAUAUCCGACAUUCCACAGGAAUUAUGUUUUACCAUAAUUGUUUUCUUGGCAUUGUGUAGUAUUUUAUUAAUGUAAAUUUUUCUUUAAAUCGCUUCUGUAACUUCAACAAUUACUCUAAACAAAUCUUACGACAUUGUAACUGUAUAAGAUUUGUUUGAUGUAAUGCACUUCACAACAAGCUAUAAUUAUAUUAUUCAAUUAGUCUUAAAAGAUCAGAACUACUCGCAAUAAAACAACUAAGUAACCAUAAAACAAUGAUAAUGUAAUUUAACCUUGAAAAUUAUAACUGCAAAACAUUAGAUAACACAAUUACUACAUAAUUAUACUAAAUGUAUAUUAAUGAUAACUAAAUCAUGGUGAAAAUGUUAAAAAACUGUAAUAGAAAAUUUUAUUAGAAGUGCCUUAAUUCUGGCUCUUAAUAUGGUAUAACACAAUGAUUGUAUUUCAUAUGUGAUUAAACUAAAAAAUACCACAUUGUUAUCAGGUUUAGAAUAUCCAAAUCUUAUAUGAAUGAUGAAAUUACAUCUGUCUGUUUAAUCAUAAAAAUAAUGAUGUAUAGUGUACAUAUACAUGUAGGUACAUGUAUGAUGCAAUAAUAACAUGUUAUGUACUUUUAUAACAUUAUAUUUUGAAUCAUUUUACAUUCCAUAAACAAUUUAUAACAAUUUUUUUUUAAACUUAAGAGAAUAAAUAAAGACGA